AUGUACCAAAGCAAUUGGAGCUUUGUAGUGGUCUCGUCCAAUCACAAGCUACCAUUACCUAAGCAGGUCAGUCGCCGAAUUGGCUCGGUUCACGACUCCAUCAAGACUGACCAUUGCGUAUCAUCACUAUUCUCGUCGCCUCGUUCCCGGCUCUCAAUUCGGUCUCUACGUACGUCAAUCGCGCCUCCCAACCGAUCACGAUCUCUCGCCAAUGUUCAAUCCCAGCUAACGUCACCUCCAUCUGCAGUCCGAACCCCCGAACCGAGCGACAUUCCCAACGACUUCAUCAUGGCUGGUCACGGUCAUCACAGCUUCAACGGCCCUCCCAAGCCCCCUGUGGCUCACGUUCCCCGUAUCUACCGAUUCACUGCGACUGCUCUGGGUGCUGGCAUGUGGUUCUUCCUCAUGUACCGAGCUAAGAAGGACGGUGCCGUCCUCCUCGGCCUCAAGCACCCUUGGGACCACUAA